AACGUGAGUAUAUAAAGAAGAAUCGUAUCCACUAUCAUCCUCACAAAUACAUUGUACACUGAACAGCAAGUACCACAGAAAUUCAAACGAACAGAAACUCGUCAAAAUGCAGGUCAUGUUAGUUGUAUCAUCAUUGCUGUUAGCCGCCGUUGCGGUCAGCGCCUACCCUGCAGUACAGAAUCCGGAAUCUAGAGCCGUCAUCUUGAGUCAAGAUUUGGGAAACAACCCCGAUGGAACCUCCAAAAACAACUUCCAAACCGAAAAUGGAAUCAAACAAGAACAAAUCAGCUACUUGAAACCGGGCCCUGAAGGACCCGUAGCGGCAUUCCAGGGAGCAGUGUCAUACGUAGCCCCAGACGGCCAGACCAUCCAAACCGGCUACAUUGCCGACGAGAACGGUUUCCAGCCGUACGGAUCCCAUCUACCUACACCACCACCAAUCCCAGCUGAGAUCCAAGAAUCACUGAGACUCCUCGCCACUCUGCCCAGUACUCCUGAACCAAUAUAUCAAUAGAAUAGUGAAUACGUAGUUCACCUCGGUUCGGCUCAUCCUUAUUCUUAUACUAUAUUUAAUCGUCUUGAAAUGAUUAUCUGUAGCAUGUUUAAAGCGGUUUCCAAGUAUCAACCACAUCUUUGUUAAUAUUAUCCUUGUACUACUCUCCUAUCUAUUUACUUCAAUAUAAUAUAAUCUAUUACCAUGA